CUGCCUGUUUACAGCUGCCCAUCCAUCCAUUCGUCCCCACCAUGUCUCUCUCGCUGUGUAGGCCCCCGAGGGGCUUCAGCACGCGCUCAGUCUCUCCUGCCCCUUCCCGGGGCUAUGGCAGGGGCAGCGGCUUCAGCAGCAGGAGCGUCGGCUCCUUUGGGGGGUGCAGAGGAGGCUCCCGUGGCAGGGCCUGGGCGUCACGAGCGAGGCUGGGGCUGCGGUUUGGCCAGGGGAACGGUGGAGCUGGGCUUUCCCCGUGCCCUCCGGGGGGCAUCCGAGAAGUGACCGUCAACCAGAAUCUGCUGGCUCCCGUGAAAGUGGACAUUGACCCCCAGUUCCAGGCUGUGCGAACGCAGGAAACGCAGGAGAUCCGAGCCCUCAACAAUCAGUUCGCUUCCUUCAUUGACAAGGUGUGCUUCUUGGAGCAACAGAACCAGGUGCUGGAGACCAAGUGGGACCUGCUGCAGCAGCUUGGGGAGAGUGAUGGUCCCCGGGACCUGGGGCCCGUCUUUGAGGCCUACCUGGCCCAGCUCAGAAGGCAGCUGGAGCAGGUGCAGAGAGAGCGAGGUGCCCUGGAUGCUGAACUGAAGAACUGCCAGGAUCAGGAGGAGGAGUACAAGGCCAAGUACCAGGAGGAGGCCCGCCUGCACGCCACGGCCGAGAACGACUUUGUGCUCCUCAAGAAGGAUGUGGAUGGGGUUUUCCUAAGCAAGAUGGAACUGGAUGGCCAAGUGGAGGCUCUGCGUGUGCAUGUCUCCUUCCUGAAGCGUUUGUAUGAACAGGAGCUGGGCCAGCUCCAGACGCAGGGCAAUGACAUGUCCGUGGUGCUGUCCAUGGACAACAGUCGCAGCCUGGACUUGAGCGGUGUCAUUGCUGAGGUCCGUGCCCGCUACGAGGACAUCGCCCAGACCAGCAAAGCUGAGGCCCAGGCCCUGUACCAGAGCAAGUACCAGGAGCUCCAGACAUCCGUCCAGCUUCGUGGGGAUGACAUGAAGGCGGUCAAGGCCCAGAUCUCGCAGCUGCAUCGUGCCAUUCAGGGGCUGCAGAGUCAGAUCGAGAACCUCAAAAAGCAGAAUAACAACCUGCAAACGGCCAUUGCUGACGCGGAGCAGCGUGGUGAGCUGGCCCUUAAGGAUGCCCAGGCCAAGCUGGACGGGCUGGAAGGGGCUCUGAGGUCGACCAAGCAGGAGUUGGCCCGGCUGCUGCGUGACUACCAGGAACUGAUGAGCGUGAAGCUGGCCCUGGACGUGGAGAUCGCCACCUACCGCAGGCUGCUGGAGGGCGAGGAGAGCAGGUUGUCAGGGGAGUGCACCAGCCAGGUCACAGUUUCCGUGGUGGAAGGCAGCGCUGUGGCAGUGCCUGGAGGAAUUGGCGGAGGCCUGGCCGGCACGUGUGGAUUUGCAGGUGGACAGGGCAGCUCCGGGGCUGGAUGCUCAAGCGUUGUGACAGGAGGCUCCAGUGUCACCUUGGGCUCCGGGCAGAGCCCUGCAGUGGGUUCCUGUUCUGUGUCUGGCUCUGGCUUCAGCUCCGGCUCUGGCUUCAGCUCCGGCUCUGGCAGCCAUACCAUCAUAAAGAAGACGGUCGAGUCAAGUCUGAAGACAUCUGUCACUUACUGAAUGACCUGGCAGCCACCUCCUCCCCGA